CAGAGAGCAGUACUGGACUGAGACACCCUGCUAUGCUAAUGUAGCUUGUGGUCUGGCUCAGGUUAGGGCGUGUUGAGUGUGAGACAGAGAGCAGUACUGGACUGAGACACCCUGCUAUGCUAAUGUAGCUUAUGGUCUGGCUCAGGUUGGGGUGUGUUGAGGUUAGAAAACUGCUGUGGCUUCUGAAUUAGUACAACUGUUGCCAUGGGGACCCCUGUUGUUGUCUGUCUGACCACUGUGGGUGUGCUGAACAAUCCCAGGUAUCCAGGCAACCAGAGUGAAGUUUCCCUUCCCAUAUGAGACUGAUCUGGGACCAGCUGUCCCCAAAUUAAUUUAUGAGGAAAUGAUUUCUCUCUCACACACACACACACACACUCUCACACACACACUCACACACUCUCACACACACACCCACUCACAUACACUCACACACACACUCUCUCUCACACACACAGACACACACUCACACACACACGCACACUCUCUCUCUCUCUCUCUCACACACACACACUCUCUCUCUCUCUCUCUCACACACACACUCUCUCUCACCCACACAGACACACACUCACACACACACUCACACAUACACACACACACGCACACUCUCUCACACACACACACACACACACUCUCUCUCUCUCUCUCUCUCUCUCACACACACACCCACUCACACACACACUCUCUCUCACACACACACACACACACUCACUCACACACACACUCACACACUCUCUCACACACACACACACACGCACACACACACACACACCCUCUCACACAGACCCUGCCCCCUGAUGUCACUGCUGGGGGAGGGGCUUGCUUGUGUAUGUUUUCAUUUCUGUCGGCAGCGCGGCGCUUCCUCAGUCGCUAGCUGCGCUGCACGGAGAGCGGUGGAGCGGAGCAGCGGGAGGCCGCCUGACCCAGCUCAUGGCUCAGUCCACUAACACCGCGGACCAGCAACCGGCCGGAGAGAAGACCCAGUCGAGGAUAGAAGCGUCCUGUCUGGAGCUCGCCCUAGAGGGGGAACGACUCUGCAAGGCCGGGGACUUCAAAGGAGGGACGGCGUUCUUCGAGGCGGCCGUCCGGGUGGGCACGGAGGACCUGAAGACCCUCAGCGCCAUCUACAGCCAGCUGGGCAAUGCCUACUUCUACCUCAAGGAGUACGCCAAGGCCCUGGAGUACCACCGUCACGACCUAACCCUGGCCAGGACGAUAGGGGACAGGACUGGGGAGGGAAAAGCCAGCGGAAACUUGGGGAACACCCUGAAGAUCCUGGGGCGCUUCGAUGAAGCGGUGGUGUGCUGUCAGCGACACCUGGACAUCUCUCAAGAGCAGGGGGACAAGGUGGCAGAGGCCAGGGCGCUGUAUAACCUGGGUAAUGUGUUCCACGCCCGGGGCAAACAGCAGGCGUGGGGCUGUGCCCACGACCCGGGGGACCUGCCGCCCGACGUCAGGGACACCCUGAAGAGAGCCGCCGCCUUCUACGAGAUGAACCUGUCAUUGGUCAAGGAGCUGGGCGACCGGGCCGCUCAGGGGAGGGCCUACGGGAACCUGGGGAACGCCCACUACCUGCUGGGAAACUUUGUCGAGGCCAUCAAGUUCCACCAGGAGAGACUUGCCAUAGCCAAAGAAUUUGGUGACAAAGCAGCGGAACGCAGAGCAUACAGUAACCUAGGCAACGCCCUCAUAUUCCUGGGGCAGUUCAAGACCGCUACUGAAUAUUACAGAAAAACGCUACAGCUGUCCCACCAGCUGAAGGACCGGGCGAUGGAGGCUCAGGCCUGCUACAGCCUGGGGAACACCUACACCCUCCUACAGCAGCACGACCGCGCCGUGGACCACCACCUCAAACACCUGCACAUAGCCCAGGAGCUCAGAGACAGGAUUGGGGAAGGCCGUGCUUGCUGGAGCCUGGGAAAUGCUUACAUGUCUCUGGGGAACCAUAGGCAGGCGCUGCACUACACCCGAAAACACCUGGACAUUUCCCGAGAGAUCGGGGACCAGAGCGGCGAGCUGACCGCCCGCGUGAACGUGAAACGGCUGAUGGAGUCGCUGGGGGCGGCCGAGGGCGACCUCUCACCCUGCGGGUCGGAGUUCGAAGUGCAAGGAGCCCGACCGAAGUCCAGCCAGAGGAGCCGCAGGGACAGUGUUGAUCUGUGCAAGAGCCGUUGGGUAAAGGGGCAGAAUGGACACGGAUGCCAGGAUGUGGAUGCCCAGUCAAGAGGAGCCAGGGGUCAGUUGGCCUGCCCUAUCAGAAGGAAGGGCCAUGCCGACGGCCAAUCAGAUGGAAGGAGGUGGCUAGAUUGGCAGGACUCCCCAGUUGACACUGAAGACAUUACAGUACAAGUGACCCAUCCGAAGCUAGGCCGUGGUCCCUCGGGCGAGGACUGCUUCUUCGACCUGCUCAGCAAGUUCCAGAGCAGCCGCAUGGACGACCAGCGCUGCCGCUUCGACGAGCCGCCGGACGGAGAGGAAGGUGCGGGUCCUCCCCGUCCCCACGCCCCCACUCACUGACACGCUAGACCCGCCCGCCCGCUAAUUCGGCUAGUCUGCCUCCUGGAUCCAUAUAUUUUGAUCUAUCUAUCUAUCUAUCUAUCUAUCUACUUUACUCAAAAACCUUUUGUAAACAAAAGUAAUAGUUUGUGGUGACAUUUUUAAAUAGUGAGAUAGUUUGAGGUGAGAGUUUUGAAUAGUUUUAGGUUAGAGGUGAGAGUUUUGAAUAGUUUGAGGUUUGAGGUGAGAGUUUUGUAUAGUUUGACAGUUUGAGGUGAGAGUUUUGUAUAGUUUGACAGUUUGAGGUGAGAGUUUGGUAUAGUUUGACAGUUUGAGGUGAGAGUUUGGUGUAGUUUGACAGUUUGAGGUGAGAGUUUUGUAUAGUUUGACAGUUUGAGGUGAGAGUUUUGUACAGUUUGACAGUUUGAGGUGAGAGUUUUGUACAGUUUGACAGUUUGAGGUGAGAGUUUUGUAUAGUUUGACAGUUUGAGGUGAGAGUUUUGUACAGUUUGACAGUUUGAGGUGAGAGUUUUGUACAGUUUGACAGUUUGAGGUGAGAGUUUUGAAUAGUUUGACAGUUUGUGGUGAGAGUUUUGAAUAGUUUGACAGUUUGAGGUGAGAGUUUUGAAUAGUUUGACAGUUUGAGGUGAGAGUUUUGUAUAGUUUGACAGUUUGUGGUGAGAGUUUUGUAUAGUUUGACAGUUUAAGGUGAGAGUUUUGUACAGUUUGACAGUUUGAGGUGAGAGUUUUGUACAG